CUCAAGUGGAAUUGGACAGAAGAUGUUACAACAGUGUUAUCUCUGGAAAUGGCUAGCUUCAGGGAUUAUCCUCGGAGCGCUCUUCGCCCUCUGCUUCGGCCAGUAUGAUGAUGAUUGCAAACUAGCUAGGGGAGGACCGCCAGCGACCAUAGUUGCUAUCGAUGAAGAGAGUCGGAAUGGUACGAUUCUGGUGGAUAACAUGCUCAUCAAAGGGACUGCGGGAGGACCAGAUCCCACCAUCGAACUUUCCUUAAAGGACAACGUGGAUUACUGGGUGUUGCUGGACCCUGUCAAACAAAUGCUUUUCCUGAACAGCACGGGCCGAGUUCUGGAUAGAGACCCCCCGAUGAACAUACACUCCAUCGUGGUGCAAGUCCAGUGCAUCAACAAGAAGGUGGGCACUGUGAUCUACCAUGAAGUUCGAAUUGUGGUGAGGGACAGGAAUGACAACUCGCCCACGUUCAAACAUGACAGUUACUACGCCACCGUGAACGAGCUCACUCCAGUUGGCACCACGAUAUUCACCGGAUUUUCGGGAGACAAUGGAGCUACGGACAUAGAUGAUGGCCCAAACGGACAGAUAGAAUAUGUUAUCCAAUACAAUCCAGAUGAUCCGACAUCCAAUGACACCUUCGAAAUUCCCCUCAUGUUGACUGGAAAUGUAGUGUUAAGGAAGAGGCUCAACUAUGAAGACAAGACUCGGUACUUUGUCAUCAUCCAAGCUAAUGAUCGUGCACAAAAUCUGAAUGAGCGACGAACCACCACCACCACUCUCACCGUGGAUAUUCUGGAUGGCGAUGACUUGGGUCCGAUGUUUCUUCCCUGUGUCCUCGUGCCAAACACUCGUGAUUGUCGCCCUCUCACCUACCAAGCUGCCAUCCCUGAAUUGAGAACUCCGGAAGAACUGAAUCCCAUCAUUGUUACCCCGCCCAUCCAAGCUGUUGACCAGGAUCGCAAUAUUCAACCACCAUCAGAUAGACCAGGAAUCCUCUACUCUAUCCUUGUUGGGACUCCUGAGGAUUACCCGCGAUUUUUCCAAAUGCAUCCUAGGACUGCAGAACUUAGUCUCCUGGAGCCAGUAAACAGAGACUUUCACCAGAAAUUUGAUUUGGUUAUUAAGGCUGAACAGGACAAUGGUCACCCGCUCCCUGCCUUCGCCAGUCUACAUAUCGAAAUACUGGACGAGAACAACCAGAGCCCGUACUUCACGAUGCCCAGUUACCAAGGCUAUAUCCUGGAAUCUGCCCCAGUGGGAGCAACCAUCUCCGACAGUCUAAAUCUGACCACCCCGCUGAGAAUCGUGGCUCUGGACAAGGAUAUAGAAGAUACAAAAGACCCAGAGCUUCACCUUUUUCUGAAUGAUUAUACAUCAGUCUUCACCGUCACGCAGACUGGCAUCACUCGCUACCUCACCUUACUUCAGCCAGUGGACAGGGAAGAACAGCAAACAUACACUUUUUCGAUAACAGCAUUUGAUGGUGUGCAAGAGAGCGAGCCAGUUAUCGUCAAUAUUCGAGUGAUGGAUGCAAAUGAUAACACUCCAACCUUCCCUGAAAUAUCCUACGAUGUCUAUGUUUAUACCGACAUGAGCCCUGGCGACAGUGUCAUACAGCUCACGGCCGUGGACGCGGACGAGGGGCCCAACGGGGAGAUCACGUACGACAUCCUGGUGGGCGCCCAGGGCGACUUCGCCAUCAACCGCACCAGCGGGCUCGUCACCGUGGCCCCGGGGCGGGCGCUCACCGUCGGCCGCACCUACGCGCUCACCGUCCAGGCCGCGGAUAACGCGCCUCCCGCCGAGAGGAGGCACUCCAUCUGCACCGUGUACAUUGAAGUGCUUCCUCCCAAUAAUCAAAGCCCUCCUCGCUUCCCACAGUUGAUGUACAGCCUUGAAAUCAGCGAAGCCAUGAGGAUUGGUGCUGUUUUAUUAAAUCUACAGGCAACUGAUCGAGAGGGUGACCCGAUAACGUAUGCCAUUGAGAAUGGAGACCCUCAACGAGUUUUUAAUCUUUCAGAAACUACUGGGAUUCUAACCUUAGGGAAAGCCCUGGACAGGGAGAGCACCGAUCGCUACAUCCUGAUCGUCACUGCUUCGGAUGGCAGGCCCGAUGGGACCUCGACUGCUACUGUAAAUGUUGUGGUGACAGAUGUCAAUGACAACGCUCCAGUGUUUGACCCCUAUCUUCCUAGAAAUCUGUCUGUGGUGGAAGAAGAAGCCAAUGCCUUUGUGGGUCAAGUACGGGCAACAGACCCUGAUGCUGGAAUAAAUGGGCAGGUGCACUACAGUUUGGGCAACUUCAAUAAUCUCUUUCGCAUCACGUCCAAUGGGAGUAUUUACACAGCAGUGAAGCUGAACAGAGAAGUCAGGGACUCCUACCAGCUUGUCGUUGUGGCAACCGAUGGAGCGGUACACCCUCGCCACUCAACUCUAACACUGGCAAUCAAAGUUCUGGAUAUUGAUGACAACAGUCCUGUGUUCACCAAUUCAACGUAUACUGUCGUCGUGGAAGAGAACCUGCCAGCUGGGACCACCUUCCUUCAGAUAGAGGCCAAAGAUGUCGACCUUGGAGCAAAUGUGUCUUAUCGGAUACGAAGCCCAGAAGUAAAGCACUUUUUUGCACUGCACCCAUUUACAGGAGAACUCUCCCUUUUAAGGAGUUUGGACUAUGAGUCCUUUCCAGAGCAGGAAGCAAGCAUCACUUUUCUCGUGGAGGCCUUCGAUAUUUAUGGAACAAUGCCACCUGGCAUUGCUACUGUCACAGUGAUAGUAAAGGAUAUGAAUGAUUAUCCUCCAGUGUUCAGUAAACGAAUCUACAAAGGGAUGGUGGCUCCGGAUGCUGUCAAGGGCACACCUAUCACAACCGUUUAUGCCGAGGAUGCAGACCCCCCUGGAUUACCUGCAAGUCGUGUGAGGUACAGAGUGGAUGAUGUCCAGUUUCCUUAUCCUGCCAGUAUUUUUGACGUAGAAGAAGAUUCUGGAAGAGUAAUAACUCGAGUCAAUCUUAAUGAAGAGCCUACAACAAUUUUUAAGCUGGUGGUUGUUGCUUUUGACGAUGGUGAGCCUGUGAUGUCCAGCAGUGCUACAGUGAAAAUUCUCGUCUUACAUCCUGGAGAAAUCCCACGCUUCACACAAGAGGAAUAUAGACCCCCUCCGGUGAGUGAGCUUGCAACCAGAGGGACCAUGGUGGGCGUGAUUUCUGCAGCGGCCAUCAACCAGAGCAUUGUGUACUCCAUCGUUGCAGGAAAUGAAGAGGAUAUGUUUGGAAUUAACAACAUCACGGGUGUCAUCUAUGUGAAUGCCCCCCUGGACUAUGAGACCAGGACCAGCUAUGUACUUCGCGUCCAGGCUGAUUCCCUAGAAGUGGUCCUCGCCAAUCUUCGAGUUCCUUCGAAAAGCAAUACGGCUAAAGUGUAUAUUGAGAUUCAGGAUGAAAAUGAUCAUCCCCCAGUGUUUCAGAAAAAAUUCUACAUUGGAGGUGUAUCUGAAGAUGCAAGAAUGUUUACUUCUGUGCUCAGAGUUAAGGCUACUGACAAAGAUACUGGCAACUAUAGUGCCAUGGCCUACCGACUCAUCAUCCCACCAAUUAAAGAGGGCAAAGAAGGAUUCGUGGUGGAAACGUACACCGGGCUCAUAAAAACUGCUAUGCUCUUCCACAACAUGAGGAGGUCCUACUUCAAGUUCCAGGUCAUCGCCACGGACAACUAUGGGCAGGGACUCAGUGGCAAAGCAGACGUACUGGUCUCCGUGGUCAAUCAGCUGGACAUGCAGGUCAUCGUUUCGAACGUGCCCCCGACUCUGGUGGAAAAAAAGAUUGAAGAUCUUACAGAGAUUUUGGAUCGCUAUGUUCAGGAGCAAAUCCCUGGUGCCAAGGUGGUGGUGGAGUCCAUUGGUGCUCGCAGGCAUGGGGAUGCCUUUUCUCUAGAAGAUUACACCAAAUGUGACCUGACUGUCUACGCAAUCGACCCCCAAACCAACAGAGCCAUCGACAGAAAUGAGCUUUUUAAAUUUUUGGAUGGCAAACUACUUGAUAUCAAUAAAGACUUUCAGCCGCAUUAUGGGGAAGGAGGACGCAUUUUGGAGAUCCGGACUCCAGAGGCAGUGACCAGCAUUAAAAAGCGAGGAGAAAGUCUGGGCUACACAGAAGGGGCCUUGCUGGCGCUUGCCUUCAUCAUCAUCCUCUGCUGCAUUCCUGCCAUUUUGGUCGUUCUGGUCAGCUACAGACAGUUUAAAGUCCGCCAAGCCGAGUGCACCAAGACGGCGCGCAUCCAGUCGGCCUUGCCCGCGGCCAAGCCCGCCGCGCCCGCCCCUGCACCUGUGGCCGCACCCCCGCCGCCCCCGCCGCCCCCCGGGGCGCACCUGUACGAGGAGCUGGGGGACAGCACCAUGAGAGGUUAUGCAUCAGAGCAACAGCAACUGCUGAGGCCUUCUCUUCUUAAACCAGAGGAGUUAUCCAUGGAGUCUGGAAUUGAUCCUGGCCAGGAAUACGGACAAGAUUAUUACAGUUAUGAGCAUGGGUAUGAGAUGCCGCAGUAUGGGAGCCGUCGCCGCCUGUUACCACCGGCUGGACCAGAGGAGUAUGGUGAGGUAGUUGGUGAAGCCGAGGAGGAGGAGGAGUACGAGGAGGAAGAGUGGGCGAGAAAAAGAAUGAUCAAGCUGGUGGUGGAUCGUGGGUAUGAAGGCAGCUCCCCCGGGGAGGACAGUGCGCCUGAGUGCCAGCCAAACCGCCUGCAGCACCCCAGUGUGCACAGCCACGUCAAUGGCAACAUCUACAUCGCCCAGAACGGGUCGGUGGUGAGGACCCGCCGGGCCUGCCUCGCUGACACCCUGAAAGCUUCCUCCCCGGGCCGCCUGGGGAGGCACUUUAAGAAACUCGACAGGCUGGCGGUGACACAGGAAGAGAAUGUUCCCCUGAACACAUUGUCCAAGGGGCCCUUCUCCACGGAGAAGAUGAACCCGAGGCCGACUCUGGUGACGUUUGCCCCCGGGCCCGUGGGGGCCGACAGUCCUGCAGGGCAGCCGCUGGGGCCCAGGCUGAGAAGCCCAGGGGAACAGGUGCCCAUGGGUGACACUAUGAACAUCAAGGAGCCUUUGCAAUUCCACGGCGACCACACGCACUCCGACGACGAGGAGCUUUGGAUGGGUCCCUGGAACAACCUCCACAUACCAAUGACAAAACUGUGACAGCGUUUUUAACAAGUUAUUUUGAUUUUUACUUCAGUUUUUAAUAAACUGUGCUUUUUAUUGUCACUGAGAAAAAAAAAGGUAUGGAAUUUAUAUCAGGCACACAAGCUAAAACUUUGAACCAUAUGCUUUAAAGUUUGACAAGAGACGAAUUUGCACUCGCCUUUGUAUUAAUGAACUGUUCUUCCCAGAAAAAUCUUUUUUGGACAGAUUCUCAAGUCCCUAAAUAACCUAUCAUUUAAACUUAUCGUUCAAGCUGUUUGGUUGGGUUUUGAUUUUUUUUCAUUUUAAUAAACAAGAAGUAAUUUACUAAGUAAUCAUUUAUAUUUUGUCGAUUAACCUAGAUUACUCUUCAUCUCUAGCUUCACAGAACUUUUUUUGGUACAUGUGAAUUUACUUUUCAUAAAAAAACAAAUAAGGGAAAAAUUUAUAUUAGAGGAUUUUACAGGUAUUGGGUUUAUACAGUUGCUGUCUAUACCAUCCUGAUUUUUUAAAGGAAAGAUAGAAUUACAAAGUGAUAGCAAAUGUGAGAAUCUUCUGUAAAUUAUUUAGAAUCAUGAGCCUAUUUUCCUUAUUGUCCGAUAUACAGUUUUUUUAGGUUUUUACAUACAAAUCCGUGGCCCUUUGAAGGAACACGUGAAAUCACAUCUUUUUUAUAAAUGCCAUUCGUGAUUUCCCCGAUGUCUCCUCACCCUGACCCCUGUGCACACACGCUUCAUGAACACUCCAUCCACACCAAACGUAGCAGGUGAUUUAGUUUCGCCAUAGGAAGUUAAAUAAUAAUUUGGAGCAUCACAGAAAUCUCACCUUCAGCAAAAGCUUCCUGAGGUGGGAAAGGAUCUAAUAGGCAAUAAUGCAUCUAGAACCACAACUUCAGUUUGGAGGAUGUAGUAAGAUCAGAGAAGUCUCACAUUAAUGUCAUUGGUCAUGAAUAUUUUGUAAAGGAAUUUGGCAGGGUCAAGAAUUUAUAUAAUAUGUGAAAUGCCUACGGAAGGUAUAAAUCCACAGCUUUGAGUGUAUUACAGUAUAUCACUCCCCCCCCUACAGUUUAUUUAUAGAAUAUUUUAAUACCCAUAAUAUUUAUGUGCAUAAACUGCAGAACCAGAAAAUGAUUGCCUGGGCAUUUCUUUUUAUCAAAGAACACAGCCUUGAUUUUUCACCAUGGAACAAAGCACAGUGUCUCACAAUUAACCGAAAUGAAAACCAAGCAUCCUUCCCCCCCAACCAAAAAAAAAAAAAAAAAAAAAAAGAAGAAGAAGAAGAAGAAGACUCCCAGAAACUUGCCUUGUGUGUUGCAUACUCUCCAGAUGUUAAAAGGAUGACACAAUAUAAUUUAGGAGAAAAUUCAGAAUUUUAUUGAAUAUGACUUCGUAUGCUAUAGAGUUCACCUCAAAUUUUGCACAGUAUUGACCAAGUUCAGAUUUCAAUAAAAUUCACUCAUGCAUGCUUAUUAUACGGUUGAAAGAAACUGAAAAAUGCACUGUUAUUAAUUUCUAUCUCACAUGUUUCACAGUUUAAAAAUAGUUGAUUAUAAUGCUCUUUCCUUAUUUCCAAAGGGAAUGAACUGUAUGUAACAUAAACUUGCCAACGUAUAGAAGUAGUGUGUUUUAAUUUCAGGUUUCAAAAAGUACUUGAGAUCAAAUGCAGGAACAUCUCAUUUAUCUGACAUUAUGGGAAAUCAAUACCUUCUAUACCCUUGCUGGAAAAACUGCCAGCAUUAACUGGAAAGAAAUAUGGCAUUCUAACAUUAGCUUGUUAGAAAUAUAGAAUCUUGCUCACGCCCCCAGGUCUGCUACACAAGAUCCACGUUCUCACAAGAUCCCAAGGUGGCUCGUAUGCAUAUUAAAUUUUGGCCAAUAAUGACCUAUACCACUGAACUCCAGGGCCUACUCCUUACUGCGCCAAAGCAAUUGUUUUUAGUAUAACAUAUUUUGGAUAGAAGUUAGAUCGCACAUAUUUUCCUACUUGCUCAGUCAGAGGCCACUAACUAUAAUUUACUAUUUCCCUGAUGUCCGAGGGUCAUCUCAACUAACAUCCCAUGAUGGUCCCUGUGCAAAGAGCUUUAUCUAUUUUUUUUUCUCUUUCUCCAAUUUCAGGCUGUGAUAUUUAACUAAUUUUGUCACUGUGCCUCUCUCUAAAAUUGAUCUUCCAGUGUACUUCGAAUUUCCUGGUGAGAAAGUUUGUGUCUUUGUUCGUUUUUUUUUUUUUUUUUUUGCUUGUUACUGAAAAAUCCUUAAAGCUAAGACAGGGAUCAAGUAUGUAACUUCAAACAAAAGUUGGGCGAUUCUCAAGCUUUUGGGAAUCGCUCUUGGGGAUCUGAGCACUGUUUGAGAAAUCUGAAGUCGGUGGAAGAGUAAUGUCUCCAUAAUAUGAGAUGUCACUGUAUUUUAAGGUUCAACUUUUUGUAAGGAAAUGUCAAAAUAUUAUAGGCUUCGUAGUAGACAUAUUUCAGCAAUUUCAAGUUGACCGUUUCAGUCAAAAGAAUUAUGAAGUUAACCUGUCCCUAAGUGAGUGGAGAUGGUACAGAUGAUCAGUAUUUACACAGAACAACCCAACCGAACCCUUGGUCAGUAUAUUUUGAGGUAAAGUCUACACGGCAGCAAGAACAGUACCAACUAACUGAAUCCAACCAGAUGGAGUUACUUUGCUAGGACUUUCACUAUCCUAGAACACUCUGACUCAGGAUUAAAAUUGUAGAACCCAGGGGAGAUGUCCAGGUAGUUUAAACUUAAAAAUACUUGAUAUAAAUGAUGUUUCUAUGUAAAUGCAUAUAAAGAAAUUGGUGGUUAUUUUUCCAAGGUAGGCGUAGUGAUUGUAAUCCUUUGGCUUCCCAUGGGAAGAGAAACAGGAGAUCCCAGCUGUUGAGGUGACAACGAAGGGGUAGGACUGGAAUAUGCUAAAACCUGCAGACUUCAGAAGGUCUGGUGGGCAGGGAAGGCAGAGGGAGGGAGAAUGAAAAAAUAAAGUUUUGGUGACGGACCAUUUGUGCCUCUGUGGCCUGCAGCUCACAGACGCGAACGUCUUGGCCCAGCCUUCUCAUUUUUCCUUAAUUAUAGACUCUGCAAGUUGUUACAGCAUCCUAACUGUUGGUUAGCCAAAAGCAUCUUUUUAAAUCCAGAAAAAAAAAAA